GUGCGCCGGGGUGCGGUUCCGGGUCGUGGCGCGGCUCAGGGCAACAGGGCUGCUGCUCGGCCGGCCGGCGGCGGCGAGCAGCAGGGGCAUGAGGGAAAGCCCGGGAAGCGGCAGCUGAGCGGGCCGGUAGGAGUGCCGGUCCUGAGGAUCCCGAGAGUGCAGAGUUCGGGGCAGGGGCCGGGAGGCGUGGGGAAGCCGGGCCCUCCCCUCAGGAACGUGCCCCGGGGCCGACCCGGCCCGUAGUGUGGAAUCAGCUUCAGGUAGGUGAGCUGGUGAAACAAUAUGAAGAGGAGAAAAUAGCCUUUUAAGGAAAUUGGCCCACAGAAAGGAUGGCCUUCUUGGACAAUCCAACUAUCAUUCUAGCUCAUAUUCGGCAGUCACAUGUGACCAGUGAUGACACAGGAAUGUGUGAGAUGGUUCUCAUUGAUCAUGAUGUUGACCUAGAGAAGAUUCAUCCUCCUUCAAUGCCUGGAGACAGUGGGUCAGAAAUUCAGGGAAGCAAUGGCGAGACUCAGGGCUAUGUAUACGCCCAGUCAGUCGAUAUUACCUCAAGUUGGGACUUUGGUAUUAGAAGACGCUCAAACACAGCUCAAAGAUUAGAACGACUUCGAAAAGAGAGACAAAACCAGAUCAAAUGCAAAAAUAUUCAGUGGAAAGAAAGAAAUUCUAAACAAUCAGCCCAGGAGUUAAAGUCACUGUUUGAAAAAAAAUCCCUUAAAGAGAAGCCUCCAAGUUCUGGAAAGCAGUCCAUAUUAUCUGUACGCCUGGAGCAGUGCCCUUUGCAGCUGAAUAAUCCCUUUAAUGAGUAUUCCAAAUUUGACGGCAAGGGUCACGUAGGCACAACUGCAACCAAGAAGAUCGAUGUCUACCUCCCCCUGCACUCAAGCCAGGAUAGACUGCUGCCAAUGACCGUGGUGACAAUGGCCAGCGCCAGGGUACAGGACCUCAUUGGGCUCAUCUGUUGGCAGUAUACAAGCGAAGGACGGGAGCCGAAGCUCAAUGACAAUGUCAGUGCCUACUGCCUGCACAUUGCUGAGGAUGAUGGGGAGGUAGACACGGAUUUCCCCCCGCUGGAUUCCAAUGAGCCCAUUCAUAAGUUUGGCUUCAGUACUUUGGCCCUGGUUGAAAAGUAUUCAUCUCCUGGUCUGACAUCCAAAGAGUCGCUCUUUGUUCGAAUAAAUGCUGCUCAUGGAUUCUCCCUCAUUCAGGUGGACAACACCAAGGUCACCAUGAAGGAGAUCUUGCUGAAGGCAGUGAAGCGAAGAAAAGGAUCCCAGAAGAUAUCAGGCCCUCAGUACCGCCUGGAGAAGCAGAGUGAGCCCAACGUCGCCGUUGACCUGGAGAGCACGUUGGAGAGCCAGAGUGCGUGGGAGUUCUGCCUGGUCCGCGAGAACAGUUCAAGGGCAGACGGGGUUUUUGAGGAGGAUUCACAAAUUGACAUAGCUACGGUACAGGAUAUGCUUAGCAGCCACCAUUACAAGUCAUUCAAAGUCAGCAUGAUCCACAGACUACGAUUCACAACCGAUGUACAGUUAGGUAUCUCUGGAGACAAAGUAGAGAUAGACCCUGUUACGAAUCAGAAAGCCAGCACGAAGUUUUGGAUUAAGCAGAAACCCAUCUCAAUCGAUUCUGACCUGCUCUGUGCCUGUGACCUUGCUGAAGAAAAGAGCCCCAGUCAUGCAAUAUUUAAACUCACGUAUCUAAGCAAUCAUGACUAUAAACACCUCUACUUUGAGUCUGACGCUGCUACCAUCAAUGAAAUCGUGCUCAAGGUUAACUACAUCCUGGAAUCACGAGCAAGCACUGCCCGGGCUGAAUAUUUUGCUCAAAAACAAAGAAAACUGAACAGACGUACAAGCUUCAGCUUCCAGAAGGAGAAGAAAUCAGGGCAGCAGUGACACUGGCCCCCAGCCUCAAUCUGUUGCCACAGAUUGAGCUGCCUGCCAGGGCCAGGUGGCCCUAGAGCCCACCCCGUGCUCUGCAGUGCCUGGGGGAGGCCAACUCACGGGCACAGGGUCAGUGGGCUCUUGGACAGGGGGUGGGGCCAGGGGGCAUCUAGGUUGGAGGACAGGGGACAUUGCCAGGGGACUGCAGCCUGAUUGGUGGUGGCUUUGAGUAACAAUGCCCAGGGCCAGACCACCCCCUGGCAGAACCAUGUGCUGUCCAGCCGCCUUCACUGCCCGAUGACCCUGCCCGAGGAUGUACAUAGCCAUGCCAGAUAUUUCCUUGCAACUUGAUCAAAUUUCUUAAAGCAAAUGAAGAACAAAAGUGUAUAUUUCUUUUUUCCUUUUAAUAAACAGGUGUACUCUUUAUCAUGGUUGGUAUGAUGGACCAUUCUUUGGGGUGGAGAUUAAUUAUGUUAUUCUCUUUAAAAUCUGUUCCCAUAUUGAACAGGCAGAUUGGAAAAGCUAUGGUUCGAUUUCUCAGAAGAAAUGUUUAAGGCUUAGUCAAUAGUUUUAACUAUGCCAUUUGUUUAAAUGAGUGCAUUUGCUCUGAGGAUAGUUAAGGAAGUAACUGAGUUAGGAACGAGGGCAGGGUGCUCUGUGUCCAAGGCUGUCACUUUCCUCUUCAGGAGCCUCCCUCCUCAACACACCCCAGCACUUCUGAUUUCAGAAAUGGGUCUUGGGACGAUGUGGAGACAUCUUCGGGCCAUGCUGCUCCCGGCUAGAGUGGCCUCUCCAUAAUUAGACCUGCGCUCAGGUUUUCCUGGACCUGGAAGAGUCUCUGCCUCGCUGGCUUUGAAGGGCCCCAUCUCCCCUCCGAUCCCCCAUACAGUGCCUGCCCAGCAUGCACAGGCCAGAAGCUGCUGCCGUCCACGGUGUCCGGGAGAAGCAGCAUGGAGGGAAGCCCCCCUCCUGCCACCUCGCGCCCUGGUGGGAAAGGCAAGGGGUCGGGCACCCCUGACAUCACACCUCUGGCCACACCAGAUGCCUCUGCAGGCCUUGCCAGGGUCCCUCCCAUGGUGACAUCCUUUCUACUGUCCCUGGCCAGGGCCAAGAGCUGGAUGUCUCACCGACGGCCUGCAUUUAAAACAUUUUUUAAAUCAUUGUACAAGAAGAGGUGUGUCUGAACAUCUCCAAGUCAAGUGGGUUUCUUGCACAAGGGGUCAUUUUAAUGACUUCCUCUUUCACUCUGCUCUUCAUUCGGCCGACAGGAGCACCCUUUUCUAAUGUCUUCCAUUUCUACCCCCAGAAAUAGAAGAAAUAUUAUUUGUAGCUUGCUACCUGUAUUUGAAUUUUUAGCAAUUUUCUAUUUAGAUAUCUUUGAAAAAUGUAAAUGACUAAUUUGGUCAUUCAAUCUUGUGACAUUCAAUAUUAAAAUAUUAAAAGUCCUAUAAAUACCCA